AUGAUCUUUCGUUCUCUCGUGCCACUCCUCGCAUUGGCGUCGGCCGUUGUCGCGACGCCAACGGUGACCAUCGCAGAGCCCUCUGCCACCAUCAUCGGCAGCGAUGGCCUAAGCCAGGUGGAAAAGUUCAACAACAUCCCCUUUGCGCAGCAACCCACCGGAUCGCUUCGUCUGAGACCCCCUCGUCCCUUGGAUAAACCGCUCGGGACGGUCGAGGCGACCGGAAUCUCAAAAUCGUGCCCGCAAUUCUUCUUCUCAACUGAUAAUACCGAGUUUCCCGGUUCGUUGGUCGGCCAGUUGGCGAACCAUCCGCUGCUCCAGAAGGUGGUCAGUGAGGGAGAGGACUGCCUGGGACUCAACAUUCGACGCCCAGCGGGCACCACACCCGAGUCGAAGCUGCCCGUGCUGGUGUGGUUCUUUGGUGGUGGCUUCGAGCUGGGCUCGUCGCUGAUGUACGAUGGCACGCCCCUGGUCAGCAGCUCGGUGGACUUGGACAUGCCGGUCAUCUUUGUCGGCAUCAGCUACCGCGUCGCUGGGUUUGGAUUCUUGCCUGGGAAAGAGGUUCUGGAAGACGGCGCGUCCAAUUUAGGUCUGCUAGACCAGCGGGCAGGGCUGCAGUGGGUCGCCGACAACAUUGCAGCUUUUGGAGGCGAUCCAGACCGGGUGACAAUCUGGGGCGAGUCGGCAGGCUCCAUUUCCGUCUAUGACCAGAUGAUUCUGUUUGGAGGGGACCAUACUUACAAGGGGAAGCCUCUGUUCCAGGGCGGCAUUAUGAGUUCCGGCGGGGCUACCCCAGCGGAACCCAUGGACAGCAAGAGAGCCCAGCGCAUCUACGACAAGGUGGUCUCGGUCGCCAAAUGCGAUAAGGCCCCCAGCUCCUUGGAGUGUCUUCGCGAACUCGACUACGACGAUCUCCUCAACGCUACUAAUUCCGUGCCGGGGCUGCUCAGCUACUACUCUCCCGCGCUGUCAUAUCUGCCUCGUCCCGAUGGAAAAGUUCUGACGGAGAGCCCCGAACGACUUGGCAAGGCCGGCAAGUACGCGCGCGUUCCAUUUAUCAUCGGCGAUCAAGAAGACGAGGGGACCUUGUUUGCCCUGUUCCAGAGCAACAUCACCACCACGGACGACCUCGUCGACUACCUCAGCGGAUAUCUAUGGGACGAGGCGAGCCGCGAGCAGCUGGAGGAGCUGGUCGCCUCAUAUCAGGACAUCACCACGCACGGCUCGCCGUUCCGCACCGGUAUGCUCAAUAAUUGGUACCCCCAGUUCAAGCGCCUGGCUGCCAUUCUGGGCGACGUGCUCUUUAAUCUCUCGCGACGGGUGCUUCUGAACAACGCCGCUGAGGUGUCCCCCGACGUUCCCAGCUGGUCUUACCUGUCGUCGUAUAACUACGGCACGCCCAUACUGGGCACCGUGCACGGUACCGAUAUUCUACAGGUGUUCUACGGCAUCCUCCCCAACUACGCCUCGCGUGCUAUUCACACCUACUUUUUCAGCUUCGUCUACGACCAGGACCCGAACUCGCGUCGCGGCGAUUUGAUGGAGUGGCCGCAGUGGAAGGACAAGAAGCAGCUCAUGCAAUUCUUUAACGAUCAUGCGGAGCUACUGACCGAUGACUAUCGAUCGGAUUCAUAUGAGGUCCUUGUCAAGAUUGGGGAUUCUCUACAUAUUUGA